CUUUACUUUACAAAAUAUUUGAUAGAGAAAAGAAGAGUUAGAAACAAAAUGGAAGAAAGUAAAAGAAACAUAUUAGAUGAAGAAGCUAAAGCUUCUCUAGACAUAUGGAGAUAUGUCUUUGGGUUUGCAGAUAUAGCAGCUGCAAAGUGUGCGAUUGAUCUUAAGAUACCAGAAGCCAUUGAAAACCAUCCUUCGUCACAGCCCGUGACACUAGCCGAGCUCUCCUCCGCAGUCUCCGCCUCUCCGUCACAUCUCCUCCGUAUAAUGAGGUUUCUCGUGCACCAAGGAAUCUUCAAAGAAGUCCCAACAAAAGAUGGUCUAGCCACAGGCUACACUAACACGCCACUCUCUCGCCGCAUGAUGAUCACAAAACGUGACGGCAAGUCUCUGGCUCCUUUUGUUCUCUUCGAAACAAGUCCCGAGAUGCUCGCGCCAUGGUUGAGGCUGAGCUCAGUCGUCUCUUCUCCGGUUAACGGCUCACAUCCACCACCGUUCGAUGCGGUGCACGGCAAGGAUGUGUGGGCUUUUGCAGAGGAUAAUCCAUGCCUCAGCGUUAUGAUCAGUGAGGCCAUGGCUUGUGACUCAAGGCGCGUGGUGCCACGUGUAGCGGGUGCUUGUCACGACUUGUUUGACGGCGUGGGUACGGUGGUGGACGUAGGUGGCGCUACCGGAGAGACGAUGGGUAUAUUGGUUAAAGAGUUUCCUUGGAUCAAAGGAUUUAACUUUGAUCUUCCUCAUGUUACCGAAGUUGCGCAAGUCAUGGAUGGUGUUGAGCAUAUUGGAGGCGAUAUGUUUGUUUCCAUUCCUAAAUGCGACGCCGUUUUCAUUAAGUGGGUGUUACAUGAUUGGGGAGACAAAGAUUGCAUAAAAAUAUUGAAGAAUUGUAAAGAAGCGAUCCCACCAAAUAUUGGGAAAGUGUUGAUAGUGGAAUCUGUGAUCAGAGAGAAGAAAGAGACGAUGAUAGUGGAAGAGAGGGAUGAGAAGUUAGAGCAUGUGAGAUUGAUGCUUGAUAUGGUGAUGAUGGCUCACACAAGCACAGGCAAAGAACGGACUUUGAAAGAGUGGGACUUUGUUCUUAACCAAUCUGGUUUUGCUCGAUAUGAAGUUAGGGACAUUGACGAUGUUCAGAGUGUUAUCAUAGCGUAUCGGUAAGGAUACGAAAGACUUGAAUCCAAGCCGAGGAAGUGCUAAACUGAAGACUUCCUUUGGUAAUACUGAGUAAACUUGUGGUUAUAUAUUGGUUUACUGGUUCGAGUGAGAAUUGUUAGCCAAGUUUGAAUCAUUGUGUUGUGUGAGAAUAAUCAAGACUCGUUUCAAUAUCUGUAGCCAUGUUUUAUAGAUUGUUUGUAUUUUUAUUUCUUUAGCUAAGAAUAUUGUUUGUAUUUUCACAUGUUGUAUCAUACGGAUGUGCACUUAUAGCUUGCUUUUAUAUGUUGUUAUAUAGACUAUUUAUGAUAUUGGAUUGCUUUAUUGCGAAAGAGUUUGAG